UUUUUGACGUCUGUCAAUGAAAGUUUGAUCGAAUUUUGAAAUUGCGGCUUUUUACAAGCGAUUUUUCGACUAAUUUUUGGCAUUGUUUAAAUAUUCAUAAGUACAAGAAUGUCCGUGAAAAGUUUUUUAACCGACCAUCUUACCAUGGAGGAACUGGAGCCGCAAGUUACCUCUUCCGAUCCGAAUGAGCGCAAGUUAGCGCGAAGGUUAAGAAUCGAAAGGCGAUGGGAAGCCCUUAAGAAAAGUAAACAGAAUGUUCCAGUUGAUAAGUCCACCUUAGAAAUAGAGAAGGAUGAUGAAAUUCAAAGCCAAAUUAAGAAAAGUGCUGAUUUAUUGGAGAAAUUUUUACUUGAAGGUGAGGAAUACAUAUCAAAUGUAAGAAUAGCCAAUGAUUCGAGAGAAGUGGACCGAAGAGAGAAUGAAGGCAUAAAUAAAGAAAAAAUAUUUGAGAAACUGGAAGAAGAGGCUCAAUCUGCUGUUGAACUUUUUCAAAGUAUUGCAACAAAAUGGUCUAACAUUCAAAAGCACAAUGAUCCUCUUUUAAUCAAUGAGGCAAUCAUAGAUCAAAAAGAAAAAUGUGACAUGCUUAUUAGUCAGAAAGACGCAAUUAUUGCCAUGCUUAAUGAUGAACUUAAGGCUGCUGAAAGGCAAUUUACUAAGGACCAAAAUAAGCAGAUUGAAGACAUCAAUACUUUGUCUGAAAGGAUUGAAAAACAGAUAUCAUUCAUGAGGAGAGCUUAUCGCGAUGAACUGGAAAUUCUGGAGCAUGUAGUUAUGCAAGAAAGAAAGAAUUUGGUGGAUGCCACUGAUAAAAAAUGGGAAGAAUUAUUUAGGAAGAGGCAGAACCAGGAAGUGUCCAAUAUGAAUAAGAAAUUUGAGCAAGUGGAGGAGUUUAACCAGAAAAUGGGGGAUUUAAGACUGGAUUUUCAGGAGCACUUCAGAGAGACGAAAAUCAAACUAGAAAAUGACAUAGAGGAGCUGCAAAGGCAACUGGAAGAAAUUAGAGCUUUGGCUCUACUAAACAGCGAGAAACUCGACUACAAUUAUCAAAUCCUAAAAAAACGCGAGGACGAAAACAUCAUAAUCAAAUCCCAACAAAAACGACGAAUGAAUAAGCUGCAAGACGUAAUCAACGACCUACGCCGUCAAAUAUCCGAAUACGAAACUUCCAUGUCGAAUAAAAUCAAAAAAUACUCCGAUAACAUUCGGAAGCUGCACAAAUCGAUUUUGGAUGUGGAGGCGAAAGCCGACCAUUUCGCCCACGUGAACGAUGAAAAGUUCCACAUGUUAUGGGAGAUGAACAAGAAUCGGGUGCUGGAGGUGUUGGAAAAGAUCUUGGAUACCGAUAAGGUGCUGUACGAACAACAGAUGGGGCUGGAUUGGGACCCGCCAACCAAUAAUAUAAUCGAUAAAAAAACCUUGAACAGCUAUAAGGUGGCGAUUUUGCAUGUGGAACCAAAGUUUAUUCACGAUAUUGUAACAAGUACAGAAAACAAAUUAAUAAAAGUAAAAAGACUGUCAGCGGUAAGCCAACCAGGGGAUGAGGAAGAAUUGUUUCUGGACGAACCUGCAGGACUGAAUUAUAAAAAGGUCCUGAAACACAUUUUAACCAGAAUCUCCGACAAAUCUGGAUUUUUGGCGGAAAAACGACUUAAAGAGCUCUUAAAAGGUUACAUGGAUGACCAGAAGCAUCUCGUACGUUUGGACAACGUUUUUACCGCUCUAGGCAUCCAAGGCACCACCUACAUAGACAUCUUAUUCAAACACUUCCAGCCAUAUUCCUACUGCCCAGUAUGUCAAGGAUCUGUUUUAUUGCAAUCUUAUAAUAACAUGAGCAAAAUCGAAUCCGGCGGGGGAGGCUCACAAAUCUCCUCAAUGUUCUCACGGAUGGGAGACACCGAAAAUUUUAUGAUUCCCGAACUGGACGAAGUAAUGGAAGCCAUACGUCAACCGGACGCCGUAGUCCGGGAAAUUAUCGGCGAAUUGGUACGAGUGGACGAUUUGAGGGAGGAUCCGGAAAGUUUGUCUGUGCUCUCGUCUGAGUCCGAAAUGCUCGAAGAUAUUUGUGCUAUUUCUAGGCCUGAGAUUAGUUCUCAAGAUAAAUCCCGAGACAAAGUCAAAAGUGUAUCAUCAAAACGCCGAGUAUCUGGAUCGAGAAUUUUGGACCUUUACUCUUGCCAUUAUCGCCACCCUUUGGUCAUUAGUCCGGUUUACGUUUUAAAAGCCUUAAGGGAAUUCGUUACAGCUUAUUACGUGAAAAAAGUGGGGGUUCCUACUACUGGAGCCAGGUUGGAAAAGAAACGAAUGACAAUCUCAAGAUACCUUACCGAAGCCGACAUAAAAUAUUACUGGGAUAAGUUCAAAUUGAAUUUUGGGGAGGACAGGGUGCAGUUGUGGGACGCCUUACUGGAAGGGUUGAAGAAGUAUCAUGAGAUCUUAAAGGACCGUAGAACGAUCUGUGACGAAGUGCUAAAGUUGCGCAAAGAAAACGCUGAAUUAAAAAGACUUUUGGGCAACUACAUCGACCAUCACUCUCUCAUGAACCCCAUUUGCGCCAAAGACAGAAACGAGUCGACCAACAAGUAACUUUCGAACACUUUAUUUAUUUUCUACAAAUGUUUAAUCAUAUAAAAUAUUUAUUUAAAAUA